UUGGAGACACCACAGCAAAACCAUUCUACAGUGAUGCAAUUUGUGCUAUUAGGAUUUUCUGACCUUCCCAACCUCCAAGGGUUUCUAUUUGCAGUGUUUUCUGUUGUUUAUAUAAUUAUCCUGAUUGGAAAUUUUCUCAUAAUAUUAAUAACCAGUAUGGAUCCUGCAUUACAGAAACCUAUGUAUUUUUUUCUGGCAAAUUUUUCAACUCUGGAAAUCUGUUACGUAUCGGUUACUAUCCCAAGGAUUCUCUUCGACAUUAAGGUAGAGGACAGAAGCAUUUCAGUGAUGUCCUGUGCCACACAGUUGUGCUUUUUCCUUGUUUUUGGAACUACUGAAUGCUUGCUCCUGGCUGUGAUGUCCUAUGACCGCUAUGUGGCCAUCUGCAACCCUCUGCACUAUACUCUUGUCAUGAACCCAACAAAGUGCACUUAUCUGGCAAUGGGAUCCUGGCUUGGAGGCAUCCCAGUCCAGGUAGGACAAACCUGUCAGAUAUUCUCUCUGCAUUUCUGCAAUUCUAAUAAAAUAGACCACUUCUUCUGUGACAUACCACCCAUUCUCAAGCUGGCCUGUGAGGACACUUCAGUACAUGAGCUGUCUGUUUAUGUUGUUAUGGUGGUGGCUGCACUCCCCUUCAUGCUGGUGCUUACAUCCUACAGCAAAAUCAUUGCCACCAUCCUGAGGUUGCCAACAGCCAAAGGGCGGGCCAAAGCCUUCUCUACAUGUUCUUCCCACCUGCUGGUAGUGGUUUUGUUUUAUGGAUCUGCUACAGUUACCUAUUUAAGACCAAAAUCCAUGCAUUCUCCUGGAACUGACAAACUGCUCUCUCUGUUCUACACAAUUGUGACUCCCAUGUUCAAUCCAUUGAUAUACAGCCUUAGGAAUAAGGAGGUGAUUGCAGCUCUAAAAAAAUUAUUUUUUAAAGCAUAA